AUGUCCGAAAGAAUGAAGGAAUUUGCGGACCUCCCUAGGGAUUUCGUCAAGGAGGGCACUCAGUUUGUCAACCGGUGUACCAAGCCAAACAAGGAAGGCGAGUCUACUGACUCUUUUGCAGAAUACAUCCAACUCUGCCGGGCUAUCGCUAUUGGUUUCGUCGUGAUGGGUUUCAUUGGGUACUUUGUGAAGCUGAUUCAUAUUCCCAUGUAA